AUGUGCCUAUGCAUUCGAGUCAAGCGCCGGGUCUAUCGACAUGAGACAGCCCGACGCCUCAGGAAACACGACGCUCCGCGGCCACGCCAGCCACGCGUCCCAGUCCGCCCCGAGAUACCGGCAGAUGAUGUCGAGCAGAUACGCCCCGGCGUCGCCGACCUGCCACAGGUCCCGGCAGAGGUGCAGCAGCGCGGCGUAGUGCGCCAGCACCGCGAUCGCCUCGGAGCUGCGGUCCACCAGCAUCUGCGUGUACUCCUCCGCCACGACCAGCGACCACGAGAAGACGAUCUGGAUGAGGUGCUUCCGCCCCACCGACACCUUGGUGUUGAGGUCGUCGAUGCCCACCUGCAGCAGCUCGAGCGCCUCGCCGCACGUCUCCCUGCCGCUCGGCGACAGGCCCGGCGACGCGGCGACCAAGGCCCGGAUCCCAUCGCACUCGGCGCCGAAGCUGCGCAGCCGGCUGAGACCGAGGCCCCAGGACAUGAGCGACGCCAGCUCCGAGCUCCGCAGCAGCGGCCAGGCGCCCGCGACGAUGGUCCGCACGCCGCGCCGGACCCGGGCGAAGCCGAUGUAGCAGUCCAGGUACGCCCCGAGGUCCGUCCCGCGCCGGAACGCGAGGGCGUCGAUGCAGAGGUGGCGGCCCAGCAUGGCCGAGAAGAGCACGAGGGCGUCGCAGGUCGACCCGUCGAUGCGCAUCCUCUGGGCGUUGAAAAGCGCGAUCGCCCGCGUCUGCAGCUGCGCCGCGUGGUGGAGGUACUCGGCGGCGGUGGUGGUGGCGGUGGUGGUGGCGGAGGCGGAGGCAACGGUGCCGUCGUCGUCUCCUCGCGUCUCGGCGAGCGCCGCCAUGUGCCGCGCCGAGAAGGCGAGGACCUCGUGCAUGACAAAGGGCGCGUCGACGCCCGUCUUGAGCGUCAGCUCCGUGUUGCGCGCGCACAUGCCCUCUUCCAGCUCCGGCACGACGAGGUCGAGGGAGAAGUGGAUGAGCAGCUUCAUGUGCAGCAUGUUGACCGUGCCGUCGGCGGCGGCGGUGGUGAUUGGGUGGUGGCGGCCCGCAUUGUCAUUGUCGUUGUCGUAAUUGUUUCCGUUGCCGUUGCCGUUGCCGAGGUGGCCGACGAGAUGGGCCAGGUCCGGGGUCGGGAUUACGGCGGGGCUCCGGCCGGCCGGCGACCCCCCGGAUGCCGUGUCGGCCUUGGGCGUCGUGACGCCGGAUGA